AUGCAGGCCGGGUCCCUGAUACCGACUAGGACUUCUGAUGCGCGCGUAAACUGGGUCCACGGCCUGGAUCUUCCCAUGGAGCCAGGUGAGGUCGUCGGUGUAGAAGCGGGCGCAACAAUCCAAACCGGGGCAGCAGGCGUGCCGAAUCCUGUACUUAAGGUGGCGGCUGAUCGGAGUUUGUACGCUGCGGCGGUGGCCGGCCCCGACGCACGCAAUUUUGAUUGUGGGGAAUCCACCCUUCGUGCACCCUCGUUGGCACCACCGAGUAUACCUUAG